UGUCAGACAAGUGUCAACUGUAACGAGUGACGUACUUAAUUUUUAAUUGACACAAGUUUAUAAAAUGAAAAUACGCUGCUAUCGUCUUAUAAACUUCAUAGUAGUAUGAAGACGACGUGAAUAUUGAUACUAUAUCGAAUAUAGUUACGUAGUUGUAAUUCGAAGCGAGUCAUAUAAAGCUCUAUUCAAUAAAAGAGUGAUACAUUGGUGUUGAGUUAACUGGCAAACAAUAAAGCCAUAAAGUGUUUCAGGUUCAAGAAAUAAAUUACUGUUACAUACAAGCAAAGGAGUUUUCUGUCAGGGGUAUGGAAUUAGAUGCUUCAAAUAAAUAGUGGAAGUAAUAACUAUUUAUUCUAACAAUAAUUACAGUAUACACAUCGAAAUUACAAUGACGUAUUAUGAUUACUACGACGGCAGUAAAAUAUUCUUGUUUUUGUCAAGCAGAAUUGGCCUUCCAUUGGAUCUUGUAAAUUUUUUGAUAGCACAAGUAGCUGCACUAUGCCUGGCAAGAUUGUUUCGAAAACCGUUAAGAUUUGCUUCGCCCGAAUUCCGACAUAGCGUGUGCCUUGUUAUAGGUUUAACGAUGGGCUAUUUUUGUUUUGGAAGACAAGCUAUACAUUUAUCGGUGCUGCCUAUGUUAACAUACACCCUACUUAAGAGUGUUCCACAUAGAAUAAUGGGAAACGUUAUUUUAGCAGCUUCUAUGAUUUAUUUAUCAUGUCUUCAUUUGCAUCGUCAAAUAUAUCAUACUGCUGACUACACGUUGGAUAUAACAGGUCCGUUAAUGGUGAUAACUCAAAGGGUGACGUCAUUAGCUUACUCACUGCAGGAUAAUUUAACUGGAAAAGCGAGCAGUUCUAAAUGUACGAGUAAUUCUGUCGAUAGAGAAUUGUCUAAACUGGAGAAGAUUCCGUCACCUUUGGAGUACUUCGCAUUCACUUUAGCAUUCCAAACGUUGAUGUGUGGCCCAGUAGUAUUCUAUUCCGACUAUAUUAAGUUUAUUGAAGGUGCUCGAGUGGACGAGGAUGAGAAGACUACAAGUGCCAAGGAACCGUCUCCGAGGCGAGCCGUGCUUUAUAAAGUCGCCGGCUCUCUGGCCGCAGCUUUAUUAUAUUUGACUUUAGCCAAGAAAUACCCACUGACUGUUUUAGAAGAACUGACAGAUCCAGCAUCAGAGGUCUCCCGGUCAUGGUCAGCGUUGUAUCUGCUGUGGUACGCAUACCUGUCCACCUUAGUCGUACGUUGCAAGUACUACCACGCUUGGCUUCUCUCCGAGGCAAUUUGCAACAACUGCGGCAUGGGAUUCAACGGUUACGACAAAGACGGUACUCCUAAAUGGGACAAAAUGUCCAACAUCGAUAUAUUUGGUUUUGAGUUCGCACAAAACUUUCGCUUAGCCGUGGCCAGUUGGAACAAGAACACGAACGCGUGGCUCCGCGACGUGGCGUACGAGCGCGGCGGCGCGGCGUGGCGCACCUCCCGCGUGUACGCGCUCUCCGCCGUCUGGCACGGCUUCCACCCCGGAUACUACCUCACUUUCUUCGCCGGUGGCAUCUUCACCAUUGCUGCUAGAAAGAUAAGAUUCGCGAUCCGCCCCCUGUUUCUGGACAGCCCACCGAAGAAGCUGUUCUACGACUCGCUGACGUUCAUCACCACACGGGUCGCGAUGACUUACGCCACAGUGCCAUUUGUUCUCCUUCAUCUCGCUCCUAGCCUCGCCUUCUAUGGAAAAUUUUACUACUCUCUUCACUUCAUCGCAUUAGGUGCUAUGCUAAUACCUGAGAAGACCAAGCACUCGACCGUCCGAAAGGUGUCAUCUCAUGUUCUAGAAAUUCAGCACAAGACUUCAGUUUCUAAUACAACAGAAGUGACCGUAACAAACCGAGAUGUGCCGCAGGAAUUCAAUGGUAAACUGAAAAUGUCAUAAGAACAUCAACAUUAAAGGUUUAUUCUAUGGAACACCACAACUUUACUGUUUUAUUAUGUACAAAAAGUUCAUGGAGAAAUUGGUUUAUAACUGUUGGAACUCGAAUCUGUAACAGCUCAUGUUUAUUUUUAAUAAGUAAGCAGCUACUUCCUGUUAGGUUUAUCUCAGAAUUGAGGCGGUUCUCUUCGAUUUUUUAAUUAUAUUAUAAUUUUUUUCCAACAAUGUUUUGUUAACUUAUACGAAUACUUUAAAACAUGUCACAAUGCUUAUUUUGUAUUGAUUUCGUACAGUAUUAGUUAACUGGUACUUUUUGACUAAACUUAGCUGAUAGGAUGCUUUUAUGUUAGAACAGAAGUGUAGGAUUUAUUUUACUAUUUUGUUAAUUAUUUUCAGUAGAGAUUUAUAUAGUUUAAAUAUUACUUAAGCGGCUUUGUCUGUGAAUUGAUAUUACCGCUACAUACCGCCGUUAUGUUUACCCACUAGGUUAAUAUGUAACAAACAUUACCAAUAUACUUUUCAAAACUCGAAAAUUUUAAAGUUAAAUUGUUAGUUUAAAGCAAAAUUACCUUUGAAUUGUUACAAACUGUGGAACUAUAAUAAAAAUAGCAUUAUUUGGAAAACGAGAUCUUACAAUAAUGUUUUUAAAAAACUAUAAAUGUGGACUUUUAUUAUUAAUACUUUAUUUGACGAUUAACUUACGAAUUAGUCGGGCGAUACUAUGUGUAUCGCCCGACUAGUUUCCUAACAUUGUUACGCGGCCGAUUUGUGGCUAGUCUACUGUUACUCCAAAUAAAAAUAAUAUGAAUACUUCGAAUACUUACAGAUAAAUCUUAUAUCAAAUUUUAUUCUUAUUAUAUUGUUAUUUAUGCUGGUUAGUGCUGUUGGU